GAUAAAUUCAGUAUCGGUGUGAGCGCACCACUAGUUUGUAGCUUGUCGAAUUUUUCGUGCUGGAAAAAUUCAGAGAAAACUCGUUUAUAAAUGCCGCCAUUUAAACGCGUACGCCAACCAAAAAUUACAACACAAGCACUGCUCGACUUUGAUUUGGGCGAAAGUUCUUCGGACAGUGAUUUUCUACCAGACAACGAUGACAACUGCUCCGAUGGCUCCAAAGACGAAAGCGACGGUGACGGCGACAGCGACAGCGACGCGAGCAGCAGCAGCGACAGCGAUACAAAUUCAAAUUCAGCCGGCGGCGGCGAUGACAGCGAAGAUUCAACGCUGCAGCUGCGUCAACUUCUAGCCGAGAACACAGCCAAUCAAAAGGAGAUUGAAGCAGCUUCUAAUCUAGGCACUGCUCCAACUGCAGCAGCGGCAGCAGCUGUUGUCAACGGCUUCAAUUAUGAGGCACUUUCGGUGGCGCCACCAAAACGCAUGUGUUGCGUUUGUUUGGGCGAACGUAGCGAUGAUGUGAAUGAGAUUGUUGAGUGCGAUGCCUGCGGCGUCUCGGUGCACGAGGGAUGCUACGGAGUCAGCGACAACGUGAGCAUCUCCAGCACAAAUUCCACCUGCUCCACGGAACCUUGGUUCUGUGAAGCGUGUCGUGCUGGCGUCUCGGAACCCGACUGUGAGCUGUGCCCCAACAAAGGUGGCAUCUACAAGGAGACCGAUGUGGGCAAGUGGGUGCACUUGAUAUGCGCACUCUACGUACCCGGCGUCGCCUUUGGCGAGGUGGAACAACUGAGCUCCGUGACGCUCUUCGAGAUGCAGUACAGCAAAUGGGGCGCCAAGCUUUGUUCGCUCUGCGAUAAUGCACUCUUUGCACGCUCCGGCGUCUGCAUUGGCUGUGAUGCGGGCAUGUGCAAAACGUACUUCCACGUCACCUGCGCUCAAGUUGCUGGUUAUUUGAUUGAGGCGCAUCAUGAGGACGAUGCUGCGGAUCCUUUCUAUGCGCACUGCAAAGUACACUCGGAGAAGGAGAUGUUGAAGAAGCGACGACGCAACUAUCACACCUUGCGUCUCAAUAUGCUGCAGCAGGCCAAGCAACGUGCUCAGCUGCAGCAGCAGCUGCAUGACACGAAUCCCAGUGCGGCACAGGCGCGCAUACAACGCAAGCUGGCGAAGAUUCAACAGAAAUACGCGCAGCACAAGCAGCUGAAGCCCACACCUUGGGUGCCCACACAAAAGAUGUCCAGACUGUUAACCAGCUCCGCUUCCGCUUGUCGUCGUCUGCUCGACAAGGCCGAGUUCAUGGCCGUGGAUGUGCAGCAUCUGGAGCAACGCGAGGCGCACAUACAAGCGCUGCAGGACAUACGCAAAAAGUGGCACAUUGCGCCAGCGUUUAGUGUGGAGUUCACUGCCUACUACAUGGAUCGCAUUGUGCGCAUGGCGGAGUUUAAGCAGCAGCAGCUGCAGCUCAUCCAACACAAUGGCCAGUUGAGUCAACAGCAAGACGAACUGCGUGCCAAGUACGACAGCGCGCUGGAGGAGCGCAAAUUGGUGAAGAACCAGAGGGAUUCACUGGCUGCCACCUUGAGAGCAUUACACAACUCUUUGUCACAACUAUGUUCCACUUUAACGCUGCCGAAUGUAGAGCUAAUUGCUCACCCACCUGCCAAGCUGGCCACGCCUCCACAACGUCCCAUUUCAGUGCCCACAGCGGCUGCCUUGAAAAUGGGCGUCGGUUUUCCGCUUUCACAUCUUGCCACACCAGGUUGCAAGCUGGACAACACGCGUCUGCUGAGCACACAGCAGCAACCUGCGCCCGCUUUCAACUGUGGCAUCUGCAAGCGCAACAACGAUCAACAUUUGCUGGUCAAGUGCGACACUUGCAAUCUACACUAUCAUUUGGGAUGUCUGAAUCCACCGCUGACGCGACCGCCCAAGAAAUCCAAGCAGUAUGGUUGGCAGUGCUCCGAGUGCUGUGACAAGUCGGAUGUCUCGGAUGCCGUCACAGAAAUCUCACCAGGUCCGCGUAAAUCACGCACGCGCUUCAACAAAGACGGGCACUUGGUCUAUGUGGAGCGCUAUUCGCUGGACGAGCUGCCGCAGCCCAAGGAGCAGCAGCAACAGAAGCGGCUGCUCAACAAAUCGCUGCCCAUUGCGGUGGUGGAUAUCACGGAGGAUUUGACCAAGUCACCCAAGCGUAUCAAGAUGCAAUCGCCAAGCAAGCUCAAUGUAGUUCCUGCUGCUGCUGCAGCUGGCAUGAAUCAGCUGGCGGUGCCAACAGCAGCUGCCACAGCUCAGUUAUCAGGCUGCGAUGACUCCAUAGAUGACUCGACUGGAAAGCAAUCGUCACGCAAAGGCAAACGCAAGGAUAAGCAUAAAAACAAGCAUAAUCUUUCAUCAGAUACGGAAAAGUCCUUUACCAAGGAGCAUCACAAGCGUAAGCGCAAGAAGCGCGCACAUAACGAAGACGCCACAGCGGACAAUUCCAAUAAUUUGGGAAGCACCAUUAAGAUUAUCUUCAAAACGCUGCGUUUGCCAGGCGAAGAUGCGCCCGAAUCGCGUAGCUUUUAUGUGCCCGCCAAUGCAGUGCGCUCCGUGGACGAGGCAUCGCGCCCCACCUCCGUGGAGACUGUGGAGGAUGUGCUGCCGCCAAUGGUCGAGCAACAAGCUGUUGUUGUAGUCCCGCCACCGCCGCCAAUUGUGGUCGUAACUCCUCCAAUUGUAGCUGCCACCCCGCCACCAAAGGUCAAGGAAACUAAGGCAGCAGUUGAGACUGUGGCGACGCCUUCGCCCCAGCGCAAGCAGAGUCCACGCAAGGCGAGUCCACGCAAACAGCGGGUGGGACGACCGCGUGUCUCCACGCCCAAGGUGAGCGUGGAGAUUACCUGCUGCGUCUGCACUCAGACAGGCAAAUCCAAUCAGGUUGUGACGUGCGAUGAGUGCCAGAAGCAUUAUCACUUUGCCUGCCUCGAUCCGCCGCUGAAGAAGUCGCCCAAAAUACGCGGCUACUCGUGGCACUGCGCAGACUGCGAUCCCACGGACGAGGAGGCAUUGCCCAAGAAGUAGAGAGAACUCCUAAUUUACUUGGCACUCUCCUUUUUAACUUAUCACGUAAACUGAUCAAAAAACUAUAAUUACACGUAUUUCCCCUUUUUCGAAAUAAAUUUAUUCAUAAAGCCAUUAAUGUAAGUUAUCAAAUUAGUAAGCUAUGCAAUUUAUUGUUAUAUGUUUGCUGCGACUGCCAAAAACACCUAAAACACUUGGAAUUGCAAACGCAUUAUCUUUUUAUAUUCAAUCCAUUUGCAUUAUCUUAAUUUAAAGAUAUAUACCUAGAGUGAAGAGCAAAUUUGUACAG